UAUUUACUCACAAACUUUCUAUUGGAAACCUUUAUCUCAAAACUAAAAAUGUGUAAAGAAACGUCAGAAUCUCCAGAAACCAAACAAUCCGCAAAGGAAAACACCAAAAUUAACGAAUCUUCGUCGAGUUCAAGAACAGCGACAACUACCACAGGCAAAGACGAGUUUGGAAGACCUCUGUGCACAGUUGGUGAAAAAAAAGAAAGAGAAACAAAAUGUCACGAAUCGCACGGACAAUUCAAGCAGAAGGGUGGAAAUAAAACAGAGAAACAUUCAAACACAACUAUAAAAUGUGCUGGUACAAACAAAGGUGUAUCAGCUUACAGCAAGAUUGGAGAAUAUUGUCAACAAUUGGUAAAACAGGCUGUAACAAAUAUCGAGACUCCACCAAUGUCUUCGGGACAAACUAGCGUGGAGAAGAGAGAUGGAGUAGGGCUGUUGACGAGGUCUAGACGUAUCCAGCUUAUUUCCAGAUGGGUGCCGACGGCUGGUGUGUAUGCUGCUGUCGCCGUCGCUAUGACGUGCUGGGUAACUGAAUGGGGAGCGAUAACAAGGCACUUACCCUUCUACAGACAACCUAAAGAGGAAGAAACCCCCCAAGAUACUCCUACAACAUCAGAAUCCUGAGUUUUGGACUUACUUGAUGCGAAGAAAUUUUAAAUUGCAACAAAAAGACGGUAAUUUUCGAAUAUCAUAUAUUUUGGAAAUUUAAAUACACCAAUUUAGAAUUG